AGUUGAAGCAGGAGAUCUGCUCUGAGACUAAACACGCUGCGUUUUUGCAAAUAUGCACCGAUUGGAAAUCUGCUUUAUCAAGUGACACAUUUCCCCACUGGUUCUUUCCACCAGUAAACCAUCAUGGGUACUGGUUCUGCUAUUGCACUGGUUUUUGUCGGAUGCUGCAGCAAUGUGGUGUCUCUGGAGCUGCUUGUGAGACAGUUUCCAGGAUGUGGCAACAUUGUCACCUUCGCUCAGUUUUUAUUCAUCGCAUUAGAAGGUUUCAUCUUCGAAACACACUUUGGGAGGAAGAAACCAGCGAUCCCUAUCAGAAACUAUGUGAUCAUGGUGACCAUGUUCUUCACAGUUAGUGUGAUCAACAACUACGCUCUCAACUUCAACAUCGCCAUGCCGCUACACAUGAUCUUCAGAUCGGGAUCACUAAUCGCUAACAUGAUUCUGGGAAUAAUCAUCCUGAAGAAAAGGUAUUCAGUGAGUAAAUAUCUGUCUAUAGCUUUAGUGUCAGCGGGUAUCUUCAUCUGCACCAUCAUGUCUGCCAAACAAGUGAAUGUGGCCAAUGAGGGAUCAGAAGAGCAAAGCUUUUAUGCCUUCACGCGCUGGCUUAUAGGUAUCGGCAUGCUGACCUUCGCUCUGCUGAUGUCUGCGAGGAUGGGCAUCUUCCAGGAGACGCUGUACAAGCAGUACGGAAAACACUCCAAGGAAGCUCUCUUCUAUAAUCACUGCCUGCCUCUGCCGGGCUUCCUGCUCCUCUCAUCAGACAUCUACAACCACUGUGUCUACUUCAGUCAGAGCACUCCUACAGUCGUUCCUGUGGUUGGACUGACGAUGCCCAUAAUGUGGCUCUACCUGCUGAUCAACGUCAUCACACAGUAUGUGUGCAUCCGCGGUGUUUUCAUUCUGACCACAGAGUGCGCCUCGCUGACCGUCACUCUGGUGGUGACCCUGAGAAAGUUCCUCAGCCUCAUCUUCUCCAUCAUGUACUUCCAAAACCCCUUCACCACGUGGCACUGGGUGGGCACAGGGGUGGUGUUCCUGGGGACUCUGCUGUACACGGAGGUGUGGAGCAGUGUGAGGGCGGCUCUGCGUGGACCCGACGUCAAGGAGAAGAGGGCAGAUUAACGAGGAAGAAGAAGAGGAAGGACUGGUGGUUGAAUAGAAAACAGCCACUGUGUUGGACCUAGAGAUUGUUAUUGACUAUCCUGCAGUGAUUUUAAACAGUUAAGUCAUGGUAAAUCCCUCUCACACACACACACACACACACACACACACACAGUUUACAAGAUAAGACUGGUGACCUUCUAUAUUUUCUUUGAGUUAGUCUGUAUUUAGGACAGAGACUAACUGGUCAACAAAGUGGAACAUUAAGCAGCUAAAGAGCCAAACAAGAGUUGGUUGCGACCAAACACAGAGCUAAAAGAGAGUGAAUAUUCAACUUACAUUCAUCAUUUGGGCAUAAACACGACUCAACAUGAAUUGUUAUUAUAUAAAACUCUUGACGGGGAGAAUUUGCUUAAAGGUUCUUUGUUCGAUAUUUUUUUCUUUGAUAUAGCAGCAAACAACUAUUUACAAUAGCACCCUUCCUCAGAUAAAGACAGUUAGCUCUUUCAGUCUUUCAGUGUUGUUGUUUGCACUGUUAGCGCCAUUAGCUGCUAGCCGCCGGCUCAGCUGUCGCCAUGUUGAGAGCCGUGUGGAGGCAGCGCACUGAAUUUUGAAUGUAGGACAUUUAAAGUAAAUGUAAUGUGUUGUGGCUUUGAAUUGUUCAUGAUCUUUCGUAAACCAAAUGAGAUCAGCAGAUUAAUCGAUAAUGAAAAUAACCGUUGGUUGCAACCUUGCUGUAGUGCCCUCAAGUGGCCAAAUAGUGCAACCCUAAAAACUUGUCUCAUGUAUGUAAUUUCAUUGGUUAAAUAAUACAAAAUUAAAAAAUAUUGGAAAUCAAUAGAGCUCUAUAAAUAUAAAAUAAAACUAUAAUAAAAAUACAAAUGGAGAAUAUAGAAUAUCACCAACCCUGUUCUUUAACUUUAGUACCUCAUUGGAAUAGACUAAGAUGCAAAAUCAUGGUGCAACUUUUUUUUGUUUGUAACAUUAUUUCAAUAUUUAUUUUCUCAAUAUUACAGCUCAUUUCCUCAAUAUUAGCAUUGAUACUAAUGUUCUUCAGUAGGAUUACAGUGAACACAACAAUGUGAAGCUGAAUGGACGAAAUACUGUUGUAUUACGAUAUUAAUGUUUAAGGAUCAGGAUUAUUUUGAAACAUGAAUGUACAGAGGGAUCAUUUAUGGAGAUCAUGUCCUGUUGUUGCUGUAUUUUGUUCCUCAUGUGUCAAACUGUCUCAGGUGAAUCUGAUCAUUAUUUGUCAAUGAAAAACAUCACAUUGUACAGUUCAAUACAUCUUUACAAUCCCUGUCCGCUGCAAAUAAAAUGACAACCU